AUGGCCGAUAAGACAACAUACGUCGCCAGGGACAUCCCGAAGAUCUCCCUCCGCGAUUUCGACAAUCGCAUCGAUGAGAUCACAGCACAGCUCUGUAAUGCGGCCGAGAAUGUCGGUUUCUUCGCCAUUGUCGAUCACGGCAUCGCACCUGACGAGGUCGAGGACAUGUUUGCCAACUCCGAGGCGUUCUUCAACCUCCCAGACAACAUGAAGGCUUCCGUGCCAUGGAACCCCCAAAACGUUGGCUGGGAGAAGAUGUCACAGAUCCGGCCGUCCACGGGCGCACCUGAUACCAAAGAGUCCUACCAGCUCCAGUUUGGAGAGAACAUGCUCACUGGUGGCCACAGCCAGGAUGGGAGCCUGUGGAUGAGCGAUGAGCAUGUCCCUGGGUUCAAAGAAAAGUGUCUCUCCUACAUGCAUCGCCUGCAAAAGAUCUCUGAGAACCUCAUGGUCUGCUUCGCUCGAGGGCUUGGCUUCCCGGAUGAUUAUUUCAAGAAGGUCCACGACGCUCAGAACCCCAAGUGCCAGAGUGUGAUGCGCCUGCUUCACUAUUACGCGACACCGGAGACGAACGAUGGUCAGAUUCGCCACCGCGCAGGAGCUCAUGCCGACUGGGGCUUUCUGACGCUGCUCUUUCAGCGCGAGGGUCAAAGCGGGCUAGAGAUCUGUCCUGGUAGAGAGGUCGUCACUGAGUUCGCGCUCGGAGACGCUUGGACAAAGGUGAACUUUGAGCCAGGUGCCAUCAUAUGCAACAUCGGCGAUCUCUUGAUGAGCUGGUCAGAUGACAGAUUCAAGUCCACUUUCCACCGAGUCAAGGCACCGCACGAGCCUGGUGACUAUUACGGGGAGCGUUACAGCAUCGCCUUCUUCAACCAACCGGCCAAGGACACGGUCAUCCAAGGCCCAUUGAAGAAGUACCCACCCGUUACCGGGGAGCAGUUCACCAAGAAUGCCAUGUCCGUACAGUUCACUGCCCUCCAAGAGAAGCUCAAAGCCCAAGCAGCUGUGCCAACUGUUACGGAGUCUGUCGUGACUCCAUCACCUCAAGCUGUUACAUAA